AUGGCGACGGAAACGACCAGGCCACAGCGCCAAGGACGCCACCGUCACUCGCGAGACGAGGCUCUCCCGAAGCCGAAGAAGGAGAAACCCCCGAAUAACCCUCUAGUCAGGAGCGUUUCCGAGUUUUGCAGGGAACUCCAAGAACGCCACUCUGCAAAUGAGGAGACCACUCUCAUGUCUCCGGCGACCUCAGACAUGCCAAAGCGGUACUCGCUCUACCCUCCGCUCCUCCUCCUUCCGGCGAAUUUCACCACGCAGAAUCCGCAAUGGACGGCGUUCUAUCACGCGCUUGGUGAGAGCGACAAGAGGGAGCUGUUCAGAGUUAUUGCUGAGAAGGGGUUUAAGGGGAUGGCGGUUUCGCGGAUCGCGAUCAACGCGCCGAUUGCGGCUGAGAUUGAGGAGCAAGGAGGAGACGACGGCCUUGUCGGUGGUGAUGGGUGUGGUGGUGGUGGUGCCGGAGACGUCAACAGGGUCGAAGAGGACUCCAUGGAGCAGAAUGAUGCGUCGACGACUAAGGAACAAAACGUCCUCCGCUGUCCUUCAGGUCUGCUCCCGGUGUACGGCGACUGGGGCCCCAUGCCCGACCAUGACCACAGACAGCAAAGGCAUAGAGGCAGGAUCCUCCAUCCCACCGUCCAGGACUUCGACGAGGCUUUCUGGACAUCCACGUGUCAGCUCCAAGGAAUUGCGCAGUGCUGGGCUCCAUUGUACACGAUGUUCAGUCGCGGAAACAUCUCCGAGAAGGCAAGGAUACUCGGAUUACAGUCCCACUUCCCUGGGCUUGCUGAGUCUGAAUUAAAUCAGCCUGUUGGCGAUGUCGACGUGGUCGAUUUCUACAUCGGCAUCGGAUACUUCGCAUUCUGUUAUCUUUCUAGAGGAGUGCGACGAGUUUACGGCUGGGAUAUCAAUCCGUGGAGUAUUGAAGGGUUGAGGAGGGGAUGUGAGAGAAACGGAUGGAGGUGCUUGGUAGUCAGAGUCGGUGAAGCAGGGAGUUUGCAAGGGUCGGGAAGCGUCAGGGAUUUGGUCGAGGGGCUUGCAAGGGACGAUCAUGCAGACGACCGGGAGGCGGCGGUCAGGUGCGUUGCCUUCCUGGGAGACAACAAGUGGGCAGGGAAGGUUCUGAAGGAGAUGCAACAUGAAUGUGCAAGGAUUGACAACAACGAGGGAAGAAUAGGGUCGCGAUUCAAUGUCAGACAUGCGAAUCUUGGCCUCCUUCCUUCUUCCAGAGCUAGUUGGCAGGAUGCUGUCCAGGCGAUAACAGGCUUGAGCGAAGGUGGAACUGGUGGAUGGUUGCAUGUUCACGAGAAUGUCGAUGUCCGGGAGAUCAAUGCGAGGGAACUGGAUAUUGUGAGGGAAAUCGAUGGAUUGGUAAAGCGAGAACCCAGGUGUCCUCGCGCAGUCACUUGCCCACAUGUUGAGCAGGUGAAGACAUAUGCGCCUGGCGUAAUGCACUGUGUAUUUGAUGUCGAGAUCAAACCCAAUGGCUGA